AAGUGGUUUUAGAAAAGGAAGAAACACGAUGGAUCCAGUCUUGUGUCUGGAGCAUGAGAUCAGGAAAGCCCAGAUUAAUAAAGAAAGUGUGGUAGCUGUAGAAAAGGAAGAAACACGAUGGAUCCAGUCUUGUGUCUGGAGCAUGAGAUCAGGAAAGCCCAGAUUAAUAAAGAAAGUGUGGUAGCUGUAUUUUUUGACGUAGAGAAAGCGUAUGACAUGAUGUGGAGAGAGGGACUACUUAUAAAAAUGAAAAAAAUGGGAAUCACAGGACGAAUGUUUAAAUGGAUUAAAAAUUUUCUAUCAGACAGACAAAUACAGGUGAGAAUAGGACAAGAUUAUUCUGACAAAUACUACAUAGAAAAUGGGACACCACAGGGAAGCAUAGUUAGCCCUUUGUUAUUCUCUAUAAUGAUCAACGACAUGUUUGAUGGUGUAGAAAUAGGAAUGGGAAGGUCUUUAUUUGCAGAUGAUGGGGCUUUGUGGAAGAGAGGCAAAAAUCUACAGUUUAUUAUAAAAAAGGUACAGGAAGCAAUAACAACAGUUGAAAAAUGGUCAAAUAGAUGGGGAUUAAAAUUUUCAGUAGAAAAGACAAAAUCAAUAAUUUUCACAAGAAAAAAAACACCUAAUAAUAAUGAACUCAAGUUGUACGGGAAAGUAAUUGAAAGAGAAAAACAGUUUAAAUUUCUGGGCAUCUGGUUUGAUGAGAGACUAACAUGGACAGUGCACAUCCAAAAAGUAGCUGACAAAUGUAAAAAGAUUCUAAACAUCAUGAGGUGUUUGACAGGGAAAGACUGGGGAGCAGACAGGAAAGCACAAAGGACCAUAUACACAGGAUUAAUCAGAUCAAUAACAGACUAUGGGAGUAUCGUUUAUAGUUCAGCUUCAGAAACAAAUUUAGAAAAGUUAAACAGUAUUCAAUAUCAGGCAUUAAGGAUUAUUACCGGGGCAUUCAAAACAACACACACAGGAUCAAUAUUAGUAGAAAUGGGAGAACCACCACUGAACAUCAGAAGAGAACAAUUAGCAUUAAAUUACUGGGCAAAUCUGAAAGGACACGAACAAAACCAUCCAACACAAGAAAUAUUAAAACCUUGCUGGGAGAAAGAAAAGAAACACACAAAAAACUUUGGAUGGACCAUAAAUCAAAAGUCAGCAGAAAGUCAAAUAGAUGAUCUUAACGUCAGCCCAACAGUUCCACUUCCAAACAUACAUCCAUGGUUAUUCACAGACACAACAGUUGAUUUAAAAAUAUUAGAACAAAAUAGAAAUGGAUUGAUUUCAAAUACAGUUAUCGAACACAUCAAUAAAUAUUAUGGAUAUGUAAAAAUAUAUACAGACGCUUCAAAAAAUACAGCAGGGCAAAUAGGGGCAGCAUUUAUUGUACCAGAGUUUGGAGUUAAAGUAGGGAAGAGAUUAAACAACAAAUUAUCAGUAUACACCGGAGAAAUGGUCGCAAUAUUACUGGCAGUUCAAUGGAUAGAAGACAAUCAACCACUCAGAUCAGUCAUAUGUUCAGAUUCCAGUUCAUCAGUAAUUAGUAUAAAAAACAGUUGUUCAGAAAGCAGACCGGACAUAUUGAUAGAAAUACAGCAAACAUUAUUCAAAAUUAGUAUGAUGGGGUUAACGGUUACAUUUUUAUGGAUUCCAGCUCACAUAGGGAUAAGAGGAAAUGAAAUGGCAGAUAAAGCUGCAAAGGAGGCCACCAAACACAACUCAGUGGAAAUAGAGGUAAAAUUCAGUCGGGCAGAAAUAAAAAGCAUCACAAAACAGAGAAUGAGGGAAAAAUGGCAAAAGCAAUGGGAAGAAGAAAGAAAAGGUCGAUGGUUCUACAUAAUUCAACGAAAAGUUGGAGAAAUGAGAAGAGCUGAAAGAAACAGAAGGGAAGAAACUGUCAUCUCAAGACUCAGAUUUGGACACACAGGAUUGAACAGGACAUUAUUCAUCAUAGGGAAACAUAACACGGGAAAAUGUGACCAUUGUGGGGAAGAUGAGACCAUACAACACGUGCUAAUGAUCUGCCAAAACUACCAUCAUGAAAGAAGACAAAUGAUUCAAAGACUCAAUGCAAUAAACGUCAGAUUUGACCCUGUAGUGCUGCUCCAAGCAAAUUCAAGUUCUGCAAGUACCAACAUCUUGUUGAAAUACCUGAAAAGGACUCAGUUGUUUGAGAGAAUAUGAGCGUUUUUUAUUCUUAUGGAUAUAAGUUAUUUAU